GGUGCCGCUCACAUGCCGGAAAAGGGUGCAACGCAUGCGUUAGAUUUCCUUUAGUUUGUGGACAAACAAUUCAGCGAGAUCUAGACGUGAAACCGGCAUAUUUAGGAUGAUCUGAUGUUGAUGAUUUUGCAAUGUCCGUGAGAUGACAGAUGCUGAGUACUCGCCUGUUGCUACUGAUUCUCCCACUAAACUGUCAGUCGAAGAAAUAGUGAAGAUGUCACAUACGGCACGGAAAUGGGAGGUGUUCCCAGGGAGGAACAAAUUUUGCUGUGACGGGAGGAUCAUGAUGGCCAGACAAGCAGGGAUAUUUUAUUUCACAUGCAUUCUGAUCAUUGGGACAUGUCUGUUGUUCUUUAUAUUUGAUUGCAGAUAUUUUGUCGAGACGUAUCCUUCAUUUGGGUUUGUUGUCCCUUUGGCUGCAGGGCUGUUGUUCAUCUUUGUUUUAUCCACGCUUUUCCGCACAAGCUUCAGUGACCCUGGGGUGAUCCCCAGGUCAACACCUGAUGAGGCCGCAGAUCUGGAGAGACAAAUAGAGGUUCCAAGUUCAUGCCAGCCAAAUUAUAGACCUCCACCAAGAGUCAGAGAAGUGAUUAUUAAAGGGCAGAUGGUUAAGCUGAAGUUUUGUUAUACCUGCAAAAUCUUUAGGCCUCCCAGGGCAUCACAUUGUAGUGUCUGUGAUAAUUGUGUAGAACGUUUCGACCACCAUUGCCCGUGGGUGGGGAAUUGUGUUGGGAAGCGUAACUACAGAUAUUUUUAUCUCUUCAUCAUGUCAUUGUCUGUCCUCUGUCUCUUCAUAUUUGCUGUGGUGGUAACACACUUAGUAUUAAGAACUCAACAAACUGGUCAGUUUCUUAUUGCUCUACGGGACUCCCCAGUUAGCAUUAUAGAAGCAGUAGUUUGUUUUUUCUCUGUGUGGUCCAUUCUUGGCUUGGCAGGUUUUCAUACUUAUCUCGUGUCAUCUAAUCAAACAACUAAUGAAGAUAUCAAGGGAUCAUUUUCAUCAAAAAGGGCUCAAGAUAAUUUCAACCCUUUCAGUCAGGGUUCCUGUAUAGGGAAUUGCUGCGAAAUCAUAUGUGGCCCAGAAUACCCCAGCUUACUAGACAGAAGGGGCUUUGUGGUGCCAGAUGAGACACCAGUCCAAAUGUCACAGCCAUCUGACAUGUAUCACAACCAAUCUCCUAAAGAAAGGAAUGCUGUCAAUGUGAGGCAUGAAAGCUAUGGAAGCACUGUGGAUUCACAUGCACAGGUAGCAGCUGUCAAGUUUAGCCACGAACAACCUCAAAAGAAUUAUUCCAAUCAGAAUGACUACGUAGUACCACCAAGUGCCCUUUCUUCAGAAAACCCGAUGCCCAAUAACAGACUUCCACCAAUAAGAGGCCAUGAGGGAACAAGUGCACCAGCAGGGAUCAGAGAACAGUUACCAGGGGAAGACAAAGCAUCAGGCUUGUAUUCAAAUUCUGAUGGCACCAUUACACAUGUGGAAGCCAUGAAGGACGUUGGACCUGGGGAUGUAUAGAUUAUACACGUGUAUUAUAAGAAAAAUUUUUUCUAUGAUUGACAUUUUUUAAUCUCAAAAGGCUUAUUGAAUUUGUGAAAUAUAAGGACAUUGAUAUACAUGUGUAUUAUAGGAAGUACUUAGUUUAGGGCAUGCGUACACACACAUACACACACACACACACACACACACACAUACUAAAGACAAUGAAUAUGAUGAUCAAAAUUUGGGCACAGUAGCUUCCAGCUUGGUUGAACCUCAAGACAUUUGUUAUGGUGAUGCUGUUUGCUCAAAUGAAGGCUGGUCUGCAGUCUGGCCAAACACAUAUUUAACUCCAUUACAAUAUGACUGUUACCAAACAAAUGAUAGGAAAUCAUGUAACCAAGAAAAGGGAGCUGAUUCUUUUGUGUGAAUCAAGUUAUUUUUGCAGUUCUUUUCUAUCGAUGUUUAUUUUCAUAAAUAAGUUAAAUUGGCUUAAAGUGGAUGCUUCAACUGUCUCACUUUGUGAGACAAAAAAAAAAAAAAAACAAACAUUAAGUAUUUUAUGUAUGAUGUCUGAUAGAAAUGCUUUAGUUUUUGGCUGAUUUGGUUUAUCUAACAGAGGUCUCCAUUCCUUUUUGAUAAUGAUAUGUUGUGUAUAGUGAGGAAGUUUUUCAAAAAGUCUGGACUAUUUUAGUGAUAUUAGGAAAUGUAGGUUGCAGUAAUCUUAUACACAACACUAGUAGUAGUAGUGAUAGUCCAAAGCUGUACAUAACUAACUAUUAAAUAUUUCCAUAUACCUAUAUAAGAUUGGAGUGUAUAAUACUGUGCUAUAUCCAUCUAGAUUUAUGUUUGUUGAUUUAAAUAUACAGACCAAUUGAAAAGGAUCACGUAAAAACAACAUUUAAGAUAUGAAGGGAUUCAGUCCUUUGCUAGGAUUAAUUGAGAUUUUUGUAUCUGUAGUAAUACCUGUUAAUCAGUUGGUUGCUGCUGCAGGCCCACCUUAGAACAAAACGCGUAUCUUCUUCCAAUAUAAGAUAAUUUUUUUAACAUGUAGUUAACAUAUUGGAAGCCCAUUGUUAGAUUCAGUAACAUCAGUUCAGUACACGGUUACAAACUAUAAAUAUUGUGUAAAUUUUAUGAAAAGCUCCAAGUUUUUAAAUGAUUGAGAAAUUUAUUUAUUUGGACUACCUGGUAACUAUCAGCACUAACUCAGUAAAAGUGAAAAAGGGUAAAUAUGAAAAGAUUUUCUUUUUCAAUCAGAUUUUUAAAAAGGAAAAUGGUGGGUAUGGAAAUGUCAGGAGAUAUUUGUAGUGUAGCUGGCUUCACAUUACUCCGAUUACUGUAUUUACUACCAGCUGCAGGCAUAUUGAGGAUAUAUUCUGAGCCUAUACUUACACAAAUUUAUGUAAUUAAAUUAUUAUUAUCAUCGAAUGUAGGGUUAUUGUGAAAUCAAAUGAAUAACAGAAGUGCUUGGAAGUAUGCCGUUUUCCAAUUUGCUCAUAUGUUAUCUUGUAAUAAUUUUGUACCUGCAAUCUAAGUAACGUUUCUUCAAUUUUCAUAUUUGUUUGUUCUCAGAAAUAGACAUUACUGUAAAUCAUGUGGAAUUAUCUUAUGGUAGAUUUACACAAUAAAUAAGACUUAUUUAAAUACUUA